AUGAACAAAGUUGCUCCACGGGUACCGCCGUUCAAGGGAAAGAAGACCGCGCCGGAGCACAAACCAAAGCCAAACUCCUUUUUUUCCAACUUCAAGUCGUGCCCUGACUACGUGGAUUAUUCCCAAGCCCGUCAUGGCCCAUACAGCGACGGGCCGUUGGAGUUGCCGUACAUGAGACCCGAUGAGCGGUGCCGGACCUUCACCUCGGAAGCGGUGGAAAAGGUGGUUGCGGACUUGGUUUCGCGCAUCCCCGACCUGGAUUUGGCGCGGUUGGUGGAAAACUGCUUGCCAAACACCCUAGACACGACUGUUUUGUGGAAAACCGAGGCGGAGGCGUUUAUUGUCACCGGGGACAUCCACGCGGAGUGGCUCAGAGACGCGGCGCGACAGCUCUCGGUCUACCAACCACUUGCACGUUACGACCCGGCGUUGCUGAAGUUGAUUCGUAGCGCUAUCGCUACCCAGACACAAUUUGUGCUUAACAGCCCAUAUUGCAACGCCUUCCAACCCCCUGUGAGGUCAGGGUUAGAGCCCUCUAAGCCUUCGACGGACAAAGUGUUCCCUAAAGUUCCCUGGAAGGUUGUGUUUGAGUGCAAAUGGGAGCUCGACUCGCUUGCGUCGUUCUUGACUCUCAGUAACGAGUAUUACGCCAGCACUGGCGAUGCCUCAUUUGUGACGGAGGAGUGGCUCAGGGCCUUGGAAACGGUGUUGAAGGUACUCACGCGCCAGUCGGUAGCGACCUACGACGAAAAUGGAGCGGUCAAUCCGUUCUACUACACCUUCCAGAGGGAUACCAACAUCGGUUCAGAGACAUUACCGCUUGCCGGGACAGGAAACCCUGUCAACUAUGGCACGGGAUUGGUCAGAUCUGCCUUUAGGCCUUCUGACGAUGCGUGUAUUUUGCAGCUCUUUGUCCCCGCCAACGCGCACAUGGCUGUGGAGCUUACUAAAACGGCCGAUAUGUUGAGAGAGGCGUCAAAAUCAGAGAAGGUGUCAAAGAUCGUUACUGCGUGUCAGAAGUUUGCCCAGACGAUCCGCCAGGGGAUCUAUGACCACGCAGUGGUGAACCACCCUGUCUUUGGUGAGGUGUUUGCCUAUGAAGUGGACGGGUUUGGCGGCACGGUGCACAUGGAUGAUGCCAACAUUCCUUCUCUUUUGUCGCUUCCGGACCUCGGUUUCCUCGACAGGUCCGAUACCGUGUAUCAAAAUACCCGCAAGAUGGUGCUCAGCAAGCGGGGAAACCCGUACUACCAGACAGGAUCGUACUUUGAGGCCAUCGGUGGCCCCCAUGUCGGAAUCCACAGUGCGUGGCCUAUGGCGGCGCUUAUGCGCAUCCGGACGUCGGAUAACGCAGAAGAGAUUGCGGAAAACUUGGAAAUGCUCAAAAAAACCACCGGUGGCUUGGGCUUGAUGCAUGAAACGGUGAACGUGAAUUCAAAAGGUGGUGUGGCGUACUCACGGCCGUGGUUCGCCUGGUGCAACUCCGAGUUUGGCAAGACAAUUUUGGACUUGGCCAAGCGCAUGCCCGAGGUGGUGUUUGGAGAGGGCGCCGAGGCGUAUGACAUUAAUGAGGCGUUUAGAGAUUGGACCACACAGGGGUGA